GGGUUUGUGUUAAUUAGUUGAUUUAUUAAUGGUGUUGGAGCCAAUCAGCAAAAAGCAGCAAAAAUCCACAACUCAACCAGGGAGGGAGGGGAGGAGCAGCCAAAGGAGCUUCCUUGGUUCACUUUCGCAGUCGAGAGUGCAUUACUUUUACGAGCAGUAACACCUGCAACUGCAAGCAACCAAGCAAGCCCGCAAGAAGCAGCACCCUCAUCAAAUCAUCGUUAGAGCAUUGAUCAGAAUGGAAGCUCCUGAAUCUCCAUACCCAAAUUUGUCUCCAAAGGAAUCGCUAAUUAAGCGUUACAAGCCUAUUUGGCGUAUUCUAUUGAUCUCUAAUCUCGCUCUUGGAGCUUAUAUGUUUGCAAAGGCAAGGAAGAAAAAUUUGAACAUAGAAGAAAGGAAAACUGCAAAAAAGGAUGUGGAAGAAAGCAAAGCCCCAGAGGAAGAUUUCUUGGAUUCAACAACUCUCUCAGUUCCUGAGACUCCGUCCCCUGCUCCAGCUGUUCUAAAAGCAAAGCAGCCCAUACCUGAAGAUCAGCAGCGUGAGCUUUUCAAGUGGAUAUUGGAAGAGAAAAGAAAAGUCAAGCCCAAGGACCAGCAGGAGAAGAAACGAAUUGAUGAAGAGAAAGCCAUCCUCAAACAGUUCAUACGGGCAAAGGCCAUUCCAAGUUUUUAACUGAUGUUUCUAAAUUUUUUCUACAAAAAAUAGGAAGUUGAAAAGGAUUUGGUACCCAUCAAUUGUUAGACAGAGAAUCUAAAGUUCCCAUUCAGUAUGAAUAUAUUCUUUUUGAAA